AUUGCUGUCACUCUCGCUUUCUUUCAACUCAUUCCACAACCACCGCCAUGGCUAGCUCCAACGCGUUCGGCGCGCUGGCCAUGGGUGACGCCUCUGCAGGCCCCUCGACGCGCCUGCUCGAAGGCGACGAGGUGGACAUUGACUGGCUCAAGCUCGUCAAGACCAACCACGAGGUGUAUGUGCGUGUGUCGGACCCAGUGGGCCUCGACGGCCUCCCGGCGCACAGCUCGAUGCUCGCGGUUGCGAACAGUGCCGACUUGCUCAUUGUCGGCGGCAACAAUGACCUCCGCGUGCACCGGCUCUCGGCGCUUCACAAGCUCGUGGAGGACGCGGUCAAGGACGCUACAAACGUGAAUUCGACGCCUGUCGCCACUGUACCUCUCCCCGCCCGCCCCGUGUGGAUCAAACUCGCCACCGGCGACCAGCGCCUGGUGGUCGUUACCGCCAACGACGCGGUGCUCCUCUUCCAGCUGCAGGACCUCGCGGCGGGAAAUACAGCUCCGUACGCUACGCUGACGUCGGGCAUCCCCUCCAACCUCCUCGACGUGCUGCCCAACCCUGCGGCGCCGAGUGAACAGCAGGCCAACCUUGUCACACUACUCGCGCCACAGGGGCUGGUGUUUGUCGACGUUGCCAAGGCGCAGGUCUCGAAACCUUUAGCUGGACCGUUCACAGCCGGCUCGUGGUCCGUAAAGGGCAAGCAGAUCGUGCUCGGCACACCCGAUGGCAAGCUCGUCCAGUACUCGCCGGAAGGCGAGGUCAAGAACCAGGUGCCAGCACCCCCCGAGCUGAACGGCGAGCAGCCCGCAUUCCUGCAGUGGCUCGAAAAUGAUCUCUUCCUUGCCGGCUACGCCGCUGAGGGAUCUGACGAGGUCGACCUCUACACCAUCCACCGCAACAAGCAGGAGAUUACCUAUACGAAAUUCUUCGACAUGAGCGACACCAUGGGCUACCCCAGCCGGGCGUCGGCGUUCCGUCUCUACGCCGGCCUCCAACAGUGGGGACAGACGAAGCACGUUGCCUUCCUCCUCUCGGCUGCUGCCGCCGAGAUUGGCCAGAUGGUCGGCAAGCCGCCAGCCGACAAGACAUCCACGCCAGAGUGGGAGAUUGUCGUGUUGGAGGGGACGGCCCGCGGAAGCUUGCCUGCCGCUGGGGAAGGGACCUCCGCCCUCGGCCUCGAGCUCGACCUCACCAGCACCAAGGCCAUCAAGCGCGGCAUGGUCGGUGGUGAAGAGCAGCCUGAUUUACCGCCUGCGCCGCGCCUGCUUGUCUACAGCCACUCUGGCCAGAUCAUCAGCUUUGACGUGAGAUAUGACGAUGCCGGAGCAUACCCCUACAUGGUCACUGGAGCCGCCGCCACCCCAGCUCCCGCCGCUACUCCUGCGACCAUUGCCCCCGUCGCCACAGUCGAAGCAGCCAAGCCCGCUUUUGGAGGCUUCGGCAAGUCUGCGUUCGGCGGCGCCCCAGCUGGCGGCUCUGCCUUCGGCGCCAAGUCUGCUUUCGGCCAGUCCUCCGCCCCUACCUCGGCAUUUGGCCAGCCCGCCGCUGCACCCAAGCCCGCGUUUGGACAGUCCUCAGGAUUCGGCCAGUCCACCACGCCAUCAUCAACACCGGCCAAGCCUGCGUUUGGCACUUCAGCGUUCGGCGGGUCCACGACCCCAGCAGCAGCACCCAAGGCGCCCGCGUUCGGCUCCUCGGGCUUUGGCCAAUCCACCACCCCAUCUACGACACCCGCUGCUAAGCCUGCCUUCGGUUCGUCAGCGUUCGGGCAGUCUUCCACACCCUCAGCUUUCGGCGCCUCUGCCUUUGGGCAGUCGUCUUCGCCGUCAGCCUUUGGUCAGUCUUCCACUCCUUCGGCCUUUGGACAGUCCUCGACACCCCAAUCUGCCUUUGGCAGCAAGGCGUCCACUGGCUCAGCCUUUGGCACCAGCGCGUUCGGGGCCUCGUCUGGUGGCUCGGCCUUUGGAGCCGCCGCGUCCAAGGACUCAGCGUUUGGAGCCAAGCCUUCUGCGCCUGCCUUCAACUUUGGAGGCUCCACCACCGUGCCAAAGAAGGAUGAGGCCAAGCCGGCUUUCGGAUCUAGCGCGUUUGGCGCUGGCAGUGCGUUCGGCGGCGGCAGCGCCUUUGGCAGCAGCAGUGGCUUUGGCAAGAGCUCGUUUGGCGGUACCGGCGGCAGCGCAUUCGACAAACCCGCCCCCGCAGCGGACAAGCCCGCCGAGGCGCCCAAGGACACCAAGGCCCCACCCACCAACCUCUUUGGCCAGGGCAACAACACCAACCCCUUUGCGAAGAAGGACGACAACAAGCCAGCGGCCGCCGGUGGCGACGCGUUUGGCCUCGGAGACUUGGGUGCCGGCCUUUCGUCCAGUAAGACCGUUCCUGGUCUCGAAUCACCACCCCCCUCGCCCCCCGCUGGCAAGGCGCGCGUCCCAGGCCUUGAGGACGACGAUGAUGAGGCACCAGCUCGCAUGGCCAAGCCGGCUCCUCCACCAGCAGCACCGUCAUCAGCCUCGUCAUUCAUCAAACCCGCCACCGCUUUCGGAUCCGCCACGUCUGGCGGCUUUGGUGCCUUCGGUGGCAGUGCCUCCAAGACCUCUGCCUUUACCGGCAGUACAACUACCCCAUCAGCCUUCUCAUCCUCGCCGACUUCUACCCCAGCAGCCGCGGGCAGCACAUUCGGCAAGCCAUCAGCCAUUGGCAGCGGCUCGUCGGGCCAGGACGCCAAGCCUGGGUUCGUUAAGACCACUGCCUUGGGUAGCUCUGCCUUUGGCCAGUCAUCAGGCUUUGGCCAGACCAAGUCGGCUACCACUUCCACUCCGGCGGCUGGCUCGGGCUUUGGCAGCAUCUCGGGCGGCUUUGGCGGGUUCGCUGCCAAGGUUUCGACAGGCAGCGAUGACAAGAAGCCUGCUGGCGGAUUCGCAGGCUUCGCGGCAGCUGGCGAGACCAAGUCGGUAUUUGGUGACGGUCCUGCCAAGCCAUUCUCCUUUGGCUCCACUGCGAAGAAGGACUCGGUGUUUGCCCCUGCGCCCUCCAAGUCGCCAGAACACGCGCCUGUUGAAGCUCCCAAGCCUGAGAAGGCAGUCAUGCCGGAAGGGUAUGCCUUGCCCACUCCCGCACCCACCGAGCCCGCCCCCGCUACCUCCACUCCCACGGUCACGCCCACGCCCGUCAGCCUCCCCGAUGAGAUUGUCGAUCCCGAAGACGACGUCGACGAAAACGAGGACGAUGACGACUAUGACGAGGAGGAGUACGAUGACGAGGAAUACGACGAUGAGUAUGACGAGGAGGAAGACGCUGCCGGGUUCGAGGACGAGGAGGAUGAGAACGCGGAGGAAGAUGAGGACGAGGAGGAGGAGCACGAGGAAGGUCACUCGAUUCGCAGCAGACCAUCCUUUGUUCACGCCCCGGAGAUGGACACCAUCCCCGAGGGCGACGAGACUGCCUCGGAGGGCGAGGACGAUGACGAUCAAGAAACUAGCCCCUCAAAGCCCCCCAAGUCGCCUACUUGGUUUGCUUCCCAGCCUGGCUCGUCUCCUCCUUCGCUCCUGUCGAGAAUGGGACCCCCCGCCACCCAGACGCCACCGAACCAGCAGGCCUCCGGCAGCGGCACCCCGUCGCUACUCUCUCGCCUCUCGCCCCAGCCCGGCAGCCCCUCGGCGACCUUUGCCAACAAGCACGCGCCGAAGACCUCGUCCCCACUGAGUGCCCUCCCCGUGCGCUCUGCCGAGGAUGAAACCUCGACGCCUUCCGGAUCACCUGCGGCAUCGGUCCCACCUUCACCCGAGGACAAUGACAAGGAGUCGUCGGCACUGAGCCAGUCGCCCAAGUCCCAGUUUGGCGUUGGUCUCGGACUCGCCUCGGCUGCUGCGGCGCCCUUGUUCGGCAACAACAAUAACAAGAAGGAGGAAAAGAAGCCCGUGUUCAGCUUUGGUGGAGAUGCCGACAAAGAGGAGAAGGACUCCUCCACGCCGCCGUUCACCACUCAGCCCGUCGUCUCACCGCCAGACGAAUGGACCUGCGACACAUGCAUGCUCAAGAACCCCGACUCUGCCAAGGAAAAGUGCACCGUCUGCGAGGCGCCUCGUCCAGGCGCUGCUCCUCCUGCACCUCCCGCCGCUACUGGCCCUCCCAAGCCCCCUUCUGUUCCUACCACUGGCGGCUUUGCUGGGUUCGGAGUCAAGGCACCUGCUGCCUCCUCGUCGUCAUCGCCGACCCCGGCCGCUGGAGGGUUCACGCCUACGGGCGCUGUGCCCUCGGCGGGUGGCUUCAGCUUCGGCAAGGCCCCGGCUGCUGCUACUCCUGCCGCGACGGCGGGCCCGGAGUGGACUUGCGACACCUGCAUGCUUAAGAACCCCGACUCCGCGAAGGAGCAGUGCACGGUCUGCGAGUCUCCUCGCCCCGGCGCGGCUGCUCCUGCCUCUACUGGUCCUCCCAAGCCACCUGCCGUGCCCACCACUGGCGGAUUCGCCGGUUUCGGAGCCAAGCCACCCGCCUCGUCAUCCACGUCGGCGCCAACUACUGGAGGCUUCACUCCCACGGGCUCCGUCCCCAAAGCUGGUGGCUUCAGCUUUGGUCAGAAGCCCACCCCACCCGCCCCAGCGACCUCGACUGGCCCCGAGUGGACGUGCGACACCUGUAUGCUCAAAAACCCCGACUCGGCAAAGGAACAGUGCACCGUCUGCGAGACACCUCGCCCGGGUGCUGCUACUCCUCCUGCCGCUGGCCCUCCCAAGCCGCCAGCUGUCCCCACGACUGGUGGGUUCGCCGGGUUUGGUGCCAAGCCGGCAGCGUCUUCGACUUCUGCGCCAGCAGCCGGAGGCUUCAGCCCAGCCGGCGCGGUUCCCAAGGCCGGCGGCUUCAGCUUUGGCCAGCAGAAGCCCGCUGCACCUGCCCCUACUGCCUCGUCCGGGCCCGAGUGGACUUGCGACACGUGUAUGCUCAAGAACCCCGACUCGGCCAAGGAGCAGUGCACCGUCUGCGAGGCUCCUCGCCCUGGUGCCACGCCCGCGGCUGCAGCCACGGGUCCCCCCAAGCCCCCCUCUGUCCCAGCUGUUGGUGGCUUCGGUGCCUUCGGUGCCAAGGCCCCCGCGACAGCUCCUGCCGCCGGAGGGCCUGCGCCGCCUGCAGGUGGCUUCAGUUUUGGCGGGGCCACCAAGCCAGCUGCUACCAGCCUGUUUGGGACAACACCUGCCCCAGCUCCUGGCAGCCUGUUCGGAAACAAGCCUCUUACUACGGCGGCUCCUACCACUGCUCCUGCCCCAGGAAGCCUGUUUGGAAACAACACGCCCCCGCCUUUCGCGACCCCGGCCCCGGCCCCCGGUGGCCUGUUUGGCAGCACCCCUGCGCCGCCGACCUCCGCCCCGGCUCCUGGUAGCUUGUUUGGAGCAAAGACCCCGUCAACUCCAGCGGCACCCAGUCCGUUUGGAGGCUUGGGCCUCGGAAAGCCCCCUGCUGCUGCGCCCGCGAUUGCCACACCCGCCGUGUCCACUCCCAAGACGAUUAGCCUUGCGCAGGGACCUCCGCCACUGUCCGCUGGCCCUUCCACCACAGCCGCCCCCCCUCCUCCUCCCACCGAGCCUGUGCAGACAUUCACUGUUCCGAAGCGCCCUCCCCCACCUGCGGCCCCGGCCGCACCGGCCGCCCACCCCAAGACCAUGGCAGCUACGCUGGAGCGCAUCAUUUCCGACGUCCAGACUGAUCUCACUACGCUCAAGACGACACUCAAAUCGAACGCUGGAUACCACUCCGCUCUCGAGUCCCCUGGCUUCCCCAAGGCAUCCUCGUCCACCAUCUCGCAGCAAACGACGCUUCCGUUCUCUGCACUUGAGGAUGUCCUUGCCAUCACCGACGAGCUGUCGCAGGAGAUUGCGUCUGUGCGCUACGAGGUCCGCCAAUCGGACAUUACCCUUGCCGAACUCCAGUCGCGCAUGUUGAAGACCGACAUGAAGGUGGGGCAAGCUGAAAAGUUUGUCAAGGCUCGCAAGGACCCGUCGUUUGCUCGCGCCAUGCAGAUCAAAGAGCUUAGUCCCCAGCAGGCCGCGGCGCAACUUCGCCUGCGCAAGGUGGUCCAAAUGACCGAGGCGAGGCUGGACGAGCUGGACGCUGGGAUCGCUGGUCUGAAACGUCGCUCUGAGCAUAACCGCGACAGCCGCCGAUUGUCGCAGCAGCCAGCGCUCGAGCGCAUUCAGCGUACCCUUCGUAACGUUGACGUCGCGGUUCGUGACCGCGACCAGGUGAUCGACGACCUGUCGCGCCGAUACAGCGACCUCGGUCUGGGCCGCAGCGUUCGCGAGUCAACCCCCGGGCCUGGUACGCCGUCCCGCCAGCGGUCAAGCUUCUCCGCUAGCCGCUCGCCAGCGUCUGCGGCCGUAUCGCCCGCACCGCGGUCAGGCGGUCUCUUCGGAACGCCCCAGGCAACGACGAGCAAGGCGGCCAACCCGAAACCGUCGGUCGAGCCCACCACCGAUGUCCGCAAGGCCGCUGCCGCUGCUUUGGACCAGUCGCGCCGCCUCCGCAUUACACGCAAGACUGCGGUCGUCACCAAGCUGGAAACCGGCAAGGACGAGCGCCCACGUCUCGUGCCUUCAAGCCUCGUGGCGCACGCGUCUGUCGCCAAGGGACCCCUGCACGUUGAUAGCAUGCCUGUUCCAGGCAGCUUCAAGCAGAGCCCAAAGCAGCAGAACCUGGGAGCUUCCAUUUCCAGAACGCCAAAGUACGCCAGGUCGUCGCCACCCCCAGCCACGAUUGCGGCGGUGGCUUCUCCAAUUGCGGCUACCCCUGGUGCUUCAUCGAAAGCACCCGCGAGCGGUGCUGCGCAUUCUCCGGCUCCCGCUCCGUCUACUCCUGCGGCUCCGACCAAUAAUGUCGCGACGAGCUCGCCAUUACCUGUCGCGGGCUCGUUCUCGGGAAUCAAACUGGUGCUCGAUCCCGGGACGCUGUCUAGCUCGUCUGCUCCGUCUGCGCGCCGCAAUUCGCCCUCUACGCGAGCCCAUGGAGCGGCAGCCAGACUUGGCCAUACGCCACUCCCGCCAGCGCCUACCGCCUCUCAGGGGACGUUAUUUGGGUCCGUUGUAACCCCGCCAACGACUGAAGCGAGCAACAGCAACGGGGGCAGUGCUCCCAGCAAGCCAACGGGCUUUUUCAGGUGAGUUUUGAUUCAAGGAGAGUUUGUGUCGGAGAAAGUGAGCUUACGUGUGUUUUGCAUUAGUUUCAGCGGGUUUGGUAACAAGUAGAGCGAGUUUGGAGCGAGUGUCGAAUGGAGAUUUUGAAUUUGAGGGGGGAGGCGAGGCUAGAGCCGAAGUUGGGUGCAGUUGGGCCAGCUGCAUGGCCUGGCUCGGGUCUGGCCCAAAGCGGGCAAAAGACGAGGAGGGGCAGGCAAGGGGGGAGGCACUGCGAGGACAUGAGAAGGUCAGGGUAAUGUUGCAAG